UGUUUGACUUUGUCUGAUAUUUAGAAACACUUUUGCUUAAGCUUCCGGUUCGGUAAUUGUGUUCGUUUUCUUCCCUUAUAACUGAUGCACCUGCAUGUCCAUGUCCAUGUCCAUGUCCACCAUUUUUCUUAGAAAAACAUUGUUCACCUAUUUGAAAAGUUCCCCUUACGACUUUUAUUUUGCUUAAUUUCUGCUUAAAGUGUGAUUCCUUUUCAGAAAUGUGUAGCCCUGUUGGUACUUUCUUGUCACAGAAGUUAGGCUUUUAGGUCCAAAUCUCCAUACUUAGAUGGAAUCCAAUUGGAUAUAAUUUAAAUCUUUGAGAAGUGGAUAUCUUUCAGGUUUGGAGGAUAACGUUCGGGAGACUCUGUGGUUUUUGUAUCUUUGGUUGGAAGGGUUUGUUGUAAUGGAAGCAGGGUCAGGUUACAACUCUGUUCCUCCUUCAACCUCUUUUGAUAAGUCCAGAGUCUUGGAUGUGAAGCCCCUGCGCAGUUUAAAACCAGUUUUCCCAAGUGCAUCUGAAACUCCUCCCUUUGUAUGCGGCCCACCUAAUGGCCCUUUCCCUUCUGGAUUUACGCCGUUUUACCCAUUUAGUGUCCCAAAAGGAUCUCCAAUGCAGAUGCCAAUGGGUCCUAUACCGACUCCUCUGCGAGCAUUUCGAAGCACCCAAUCACCAGAAUCUUCGAGAGCAUUUGAUGGGGACGAUGGGCCGUCAAUGGAAAUGGACGGGAGUGCAGAUGGUUAUUUUGAUGGUCAAAAGCGUGGAGCUCCCUUGCGUGGCUCCAGCUCUUCACAGAGGAAGACACCGAAGAAUCGGGAUACUAAAUCUUCCCUCUCCUAUGCUGCCAGGAAAGGGUCAGGUACAGUUUUUGUUGGUGAUAUUAGUCAAGUUGAUAGGGAUGACGGUAACAGGGAAUUGGUUAAUCGUGUUCUUAUGAGAUUUGAUGCACUUCGGAGAAGGCUCAGCCAAAUGGAAGAUGCCAAGGAACUGAGCAAUGGGAUUAUCAAGCGAGCUGAUUUAAAAGCUGGAAAUCUUUCGAUGAGCAAAGGGAUCCGCACAAACAUGAGGAGGAAGAUUGGAGCUGUGUCUGGGGUUGAGAUUGGGGACAUCUUCUUUUUUCGUAUAGAAUUGUGUGUGGUGGGAUUACAUGCGCCGUCUAUGAGUGGUAUUGACUAUCUUAUUGUCAGGGAUGCAUUGGAUCAAGAGCCAGUGGCUGUGAGCAUUGUUUCGUCUGCAGAAUAUGGUGAUGUGGAGGAUGGGGAUAUUCUUAUUUAUAGUGGUCAGGGUGGGAAUUUUGGUAAGAAAGACAAACAAGCAACUGAUCAGAAGCUUGAAAGGGGUAAUCUCGCUCUGGAGAGAAGCUUUCGGCGGGGCAAUGAAAUUAGAGUCGUCCGUGGUAUCAAAGAUGCUGUUAAUCCAUCAUCAAAGGUCUAUGUCUACGAUGGGCUUUAUAAAAUUCAAGAGUCGUGGACUGAGAGGAAAUCUGGUUGCAAUAUAUUCAAGUACAAAUUUGUGAGGAUGCCGGGGCAGCCUGUUGCGUUUGCUGCUUGGAAAUCAAUUCAGAAGUGGAAGGAAGGAUUCUCUUCAAGGGUUGGACUUAUUCUUCCGGACCUCACGUCAGGAGCUGAAAAUAUACCUGUUUCACUUGUAAAUGAUGUGGAUGGAGAGAAGGGCCCUGCUCAUUUCAUUUAUUUUCCCUCUCUCAAGUAUUCGAAAUCAUUUGACUUAACACAGCCUUCUUUUGGAUGCAACUGCCGUAAUGCAUGCCAACCAGGUGAUCCCGACUGCUCUUGCAUUAGGAAAAAUGAAGGUGAUUUUCCAUAUACUUCAAACGGGGUUCUUGUGGGCCGAAAGCCUUUGAUACAUGAAUGUGGUCCCACAUGCCCUUGCUUUCCUAACUGCAAAAACCGAGUUUCCCAGAGUGGUUUGAAAGCUCACUUGGAAGUUUUCAAAACAACAGAUAGGGGCUGGGGCCUGCGGUCAUGGGAUCCUAUUCGCGCUGGUACUUUUAUAUGCGAGUAUGCAGGUGAAGUUAUUGACAAAGUCAAGGGAAAGCAGGGUGGGGAGGAAGUUGAAAACGAUGAGUAUGUUUUUGAUACAACCCGUGUUUAUAACUCAUUCAAGUGGAAUUAUGAACCUGGGCUAUUGGAGGAGGAAAGUUCUAAUGACUCUGAAGAGGAGUACAAAAUUCCAUCUCCCCUAGUCAUAAGUGCUAAGAAUAUGGGAAAUGUAGCACGAUUUAUGAACCAUAGUUGCUCGCCAAAUGUUUUUUGGCAGCCAGUUUUGUAUGAACACAAUAAUCAAUCCUUUCUUCAUAUUGCCUUUUUCGCAAUUAGACAUAUCCCCCCUAUGACAGAGUUGACUUAUGAUUAUGGGAUUGCUCGCUCUAAUGAGGCUGAGGGCAACAGCACACUCAAUCGGAAAAAGAAAUGCUUAUGUGGUUCAUCAAACUGCCAUGGUUAUUUUGGUUAGUUGCAUACUAGCAGAAACGCAUGGUGCCGGCAAACAGGGUCCUGGCUAUAAGGUGAUGACAUGUUAGCAUAUCUUACUGCCUCUGUUUUGAUGGUUUUAUUCUUAUCAAGGCAUCACAUACUGCAGCAACGAAUUCCACAUCACCAGAGCAAUAAAUCUGUAAUACUCUAGAAUAUUACCUUGUAACAGAAUGAAGGAAUGAUGAACAGGUGGCAUGUAGCGAGUGGAGAGAAUAUUUUGAGUUUGUUAGAGAUCGUGUCCAUAAAUAUGUAAACAGCUUGUAAUAGAAAAGAUGAGAAAACGAAUAUGACAGUAAGCUCUGCCUUUUGAUUUCUGUAUGACCUUUAUACAAACAAUUGGUGUUCUUCAUA